AGACAACGAAGCGUCAAGCGUCAAGCUCAAGCCACACGGAAAAUAAAAUAACCUCACUCUCGCCGAGGCCGAGAUUGUCAAGCUAAGACAAAAAAUAAGCUAACCUCUUUGUACAUACAUACACGUGUUGUAAUAAAAACAUCCGAAAUUAUAAACAUAAUCUACAAAACUAUUUGUGUGUGCAAAAAACUAAUAUUCUGUGCUGUGUUAAAUUGAACUGUAACCAAAAAUGACUGACGUAUUGCCAUCGGGCAGCGAAGUGUUUUCGGAGAAGAAAAAGAAGAAAAACAAAGAUGGGGUGACUUUGGGCGCUUUCCAGAAGAUCGGCGACUUCAAAAUCGAGCCUUCUGAGAGUGUUACGAAGUUGGACACAGCGUACUGGCCUUUGUUAUUGAAGAACUUCGAUAGACUCAACGUGCGUACGAACCAUUACACGCCGCUGCCAUUCGGUAGUUCACCUCUAAAACGCUCUAUCACGGAGUAUGUCAAGUCUGGAUUCAUCAACGUGGAUAAACCCAGCAAUCCAAGCUCUCAUGAAGUCGUAUCGUGGAUAAAAAGGAUAUUAAAAGUCGAGAAGACCGGCCAUUCCGGCACUUUGGAUCCUAAAGUCACUGGCUGUUUGAUAGUGUGCAUAGACCGUGCUACAAGGCUGGUGAAGUCCCAACAGAACGCUGGUAAGGAGUAUGUUGCUAUUUUUAACUUACAUUCUGCAGUGGAGAAUAUCCAGAAGGUCACCCAAGGUUUGGAGAAGCUACGUGGUGCUCUGUUCCAACGUCCACCCCUCAUAUCUGCAGUCAAACGUCAGCUCCGAGUCAGAACUGUGUAUGACAGUAAGUUGCUAGAUUAUGACCAAGAACGCAACAUAGGUAUUUUCUGGGUUAGCUGUGAAGCUGGGUCGUACAUACGUACCAUGUGUGUACACUUGGGACUAAUGCUUGGUGUAGGAGGUCAGAUGAUAGAGCUAAGGAGAGUUAGAUCAGGUAUACAAGGUGAAAAGGAAGGCAUGGUGACCAUGCAUGAUAUUCUAGAUGCGCAAUGGGCGUACGAAAACCAUAAAGAUGAGACAUAUUUACGUAGAGUUAUUAAACCUUUGGAAGGUUUAUUAAUAGCUCAUAAAAGAAUCUUUAUUAAAGACAGUGCUAUCAAUGCUGUUUGCUACGGUGCGAAAGUACUUCUACCUGGUAUAUUGAGGUAUGAAGACGGGAUAGAACUUGAUCAGGAAAUAGUGAUUGUCACAGCGAAAGGGGAGGCUGUCGCUUUAGCCAUUGCUUUAAUGACAACAUCAACUAUGGCAUGCUGUGAUCAUGGAGUAGCAGCAAAACUUAAAAGAGUAAUAAUGGAGAGGGACACAUACCCCAGAAAAUGGGGCCUAGGACCUAAGGCUUCACAAAAGAAAAUGCUAAUCCAACAAGGCAAGCUCGACAAGUUUGGUAAACCAAACGAGAAUACUCCAUCCGAAUGGUUGAACAGCUACGUUGACUAUAAAGUUAAGAACGAAACAGAGAACGGAGAUGACAAGGCAGAAGAUGCUGGCAGGAAAAGGACAGCAAGUACCGCAAAUGCUGACGACCCAAACAACUCUGUUGAAGUCAAAUCAGAGAAGAAGAAGAAGAAAAAGAAGCGUGACACAGAAGCAGAAGAAACUGAGCCAGUGACAGCUGAAACUGAAGUAAAAGAAGAGACAGCAGAGCCAGAAGCGGAUGACUCUGUACGUAAAGAAAAGAAAAAGAAGAAGAAGAAAGACAAACAUCAAGAGAAAGAGGAAGAAUGAACACAUCUUAAUCUGACUGUAUAUAAAGGUAAAAUGUAAACAGAGUUAUUAAGCGUAGAAAUGCAACUAAUUCAUUAAGUGCUAAAUGUGUUUUAUCAUAACAAUAAGAAAUGUGAAAGUUUGUAUGGAUGUUUGUUACUCUUUCACACAAAAACUACUCAAUAGAUUUGGCUGCUAUUUUGUAAGACUAUCCCAAAAUCCAUGGUUGCCCCAGAAUUUCAUGCACCCAAAGUCGUCCUCUAGUAUGUAAUAAUUGUGUAAACAUGUUGGGAGUUUAUUAAGAAUGGAUUUUUCAUAUCCAUACUUAAUCCAGUGAUUCAGUACAUGAUUCUGAGGCUCUCAGCGUUGAAAUUUCUUUCGUCGGUCUUUUCACGAUAUUGUAAUUUUUUUUACCGUCUUUUUUAAACUAAUUACAGCUUAGAAGUACUUAUUAUCUAUCUCAAUACGAUUUCUAAUAAAAAUUGUCAAAUCAAGAUUUUUAACAAAAACUUGUCCUUUACACCCAGUAUAUCCUCCAGUAUGAAAAAAAUAUGGGCAUUGAAAUUCAAUGAACGAAUUACAGAGUUAUGUUAUUGUCAUUAUUCUCCUAUCACCAUGCACUGCCUGCUACUCCUCGGUUUCCUGUACCUUUCACUUUUCAAGCGUGAGUAUUGAGACAUACAUAUAGUAUGCUGCGAGGCAUAUAGGUCUUCUAUUUAGACAGUCAAUCAGAAAGAGUAAUCCUCCAUUAGUGCGUUGGAGCUGACACACUGAUUUUUUUUUAAUUCAGUGUCUGUUUUUUAUCAGUUUGCCCUCCAUAAAAUUUAGCACUAGUUGAUUGUCUUGUGUUGUUAAGAAUAACUUGUAUAAAUAGCUGAGAGAUUUGACUACAAGCUCAUAUUGCUCAAGAUUGCAAUCACACUAAUAUCUUAUAGGUGAAAAUGUAUGUUACCUAGUACUGAACUGACGGCGGGUCAUGGCUCCAGAGUGAGGAACCUUCUGUAUCCAAAUCUUGAUCCAACAGUUAAGCGAAAAAUUCUUAAGGUGUUGUUUGAAGCUCUUCACUAUAAGACCAUUCAACAUUCUUACUUACAUAUUAUUAGCAUAUUCAGUUGAACUGAAUGUUUGUAUGUCAUUUUUAGUUUUGUAAUAUAAUUAUAGUAAAGAUAUGUGAGCCGCUAAUAACUGAAUUUCUGUAUGUUGUGAUGUAAAGCAAACUUCAUAAGCAUAUUAUGUUUAACUGGACCUGUUGAUACAACAUUGAACAACAAUUUUUCAUUUAAUCUUUCUAAAGAAAGUUUGACUUUUAUUAGUUCAGUCUGGCCGCUCAGAGAUUACAUUUCUGACAGGCUGUGUAUGCAAUGUAACUUCGAAUUGGUGUACAAAGUUGUUGAACUGUGCUGUUUCCAGGUUAUGCCAACUGUUUGUCUUUAUAGUGACGAGACUAAAUGACAAGGCAAUUUCUGAGCGGCCAUACUUUAAUUGUAAAGCAUCAACAUUUGUGUGUGAAGGAUAGUUUGCAAAACAGAAAUAUCUAUACUAAUAUUAUAAUGAAGUUUUGUGGUAUUGUAAGGGGUAAUCUCUGGAUCUACUAAACCGAUUUUGAAAAUUCUUUUGCCACUAGAAAGCCACGUAUUUGUGAAUAGCAUAGGCUAUAUUUUAUACCCGUAUUCUCACAGACACGCGAAUUAUGCGGAUAAAACUGUGGAGCGUCGGCUAGUUAUGAAAUAAGUUUCUAUGUUUAAGUAUAAGUAAAUGAUUGUGUUUUAUAUUAAGACAAGAUGAAACCUCUUAUUUAAAGAUGUUUCUUAGUUUAAGCUUAUAAAUGUUAGUUAUUAAUUGAUAAAAUCUAUUAAUAAAAGAAAACUUGUUUUCAAAUAAAAUUACGGGUAUGUUUGCCUGCAUUUAUGUA